AUGGACAACGGCAGAAGUGUCAGUACGACCGAGACAGAUAGGUAUUCUUAUGCCCUUGCAGAUCGUGCGGAGGCAGGGAAGGUGUCGGAUCCCGAAGUUGCUAAACCACAGCUGGAUCCGGAGCAGGGACAAGGGGCAUUGGUAGAUGCUGUAUGGGGCACGAUAGAGGGUGAUGGGCCAAACUAUAGAUCGUUAUCUUGGAUCAAAGCGACUGUCCUACAGCUGAAAACCCAAGUCGGGCUGGGUAUCUUAGGGCUGCCAACGGCCUUCAACAUAUUAGGAUUGGUACCAGGAAUAAUAGUCAUCGUGGCCAUAGCAUUGAUAGUUGGAUGGUCCGAUUAUGUUGUCGGCACUUUCAAGCUCAACCAUCCCGAGGUCUAUACCGUAGCAGAUGUCGGCUACAUGUUGUUCGGGUUCUGGGGAAGGGAGAUUUUAGGAUUUGCGUUCUGGCUUCAAAUAGUCGCUGUCACUGGAGCCAGUUUCCUAUCCAUGUCUGUCGCAUUCAACACCAUCACCGAGCACGCCACCUGUACUGUGGUUUGGGCAAUCGUCGCUAUGGUCAUCAUCGGUGCUCUUGCUUCCAUCCAGACUCUCUCUCGUAUCUCCUGGCUCGGAUGGUUGGGUCUAGCCAGUAUCAUGUCUUCUGUCAUUACACUCAUGAUCUCACUGGGUGUAUCCGACAAACCCAGUCUAGCACCUGCAGGUGAUGAUUGGUCGAUCGACACGAAGAUAGCGGCAAACCCUUCUUUCAUCGAUGCGAUCAAUGCUGUCUGCAUCAUCAUCUUCUCUUAUGCUGGUACACCGAACUAUUUUAGCAUUGUAGGAGAAAUGAGGGAACCGAAAGAUUUCACAAAGAGUGUCAUCGUGGGUCAGACAUUGAUGACGACCGUGUAUCUCAUCGUCGCUGCUGUUGUAUACCAUUAUGCUGGACAGUACAUCGCUUCACCUGCUCUCGGAACAGCUGGUCAUAAUAUCAAGAAGGUCUGUUAUGGUCUUGCGUUACCUGGUCUAGCUGCUGGGGGGUUGAUUUUGGUCCAUACCGCUGCCAAAUAUGUCUUUGUCCGUAUCCUACGGAAAUCUGCUCAUCUAUCUAAGAAUACACCCACCCAUUAUGCUGUGUGGUAUGGAUGUAUAUCUAUCACUUCUAUCCUUGCGUUUGUCAUUGCCGAAGCUAUCCCAUUCUUCAACGAUCUCAUCAGUCUGAUCGGAGCGUUGUUAGGUACACUCAUCUGCAUACAAACAGAGACCUACAUGUGGGUGUGGGAUCACUGGCGAGCACCCAAUCGAGGAUCAAAGAAGUGGUACACCAUGAUGGCUAUGAACGUAAUCUUCCAUUUUAUCGGUUGGUUCAUCUUGGUCUCUGGUACAUACGCUGCUGUGGUGACUAUACACAAGGAUUUCCAGGAUGGAACAUUGUCACAACCGUUCAGUUGUGCGGAUAAUAGUGGAUCCUCGUAA